AUUAUCACUCCCUCCCGGUGGGCACGUUACCAGCUUGAUCGACGUCUUGUUCCUUUUCCGAGAUUCUCCACACUAACCCUCCCGGGUUCAUCUCGGCCUUCCCUGGGAACAUCUGCUGGCUACCCUUUCCCUUCCCACCCACUCCCCUCCCCCCAUCAUCAAAUUAUCCUCCUCCACUCUCUUUCUCGACCCUCCCUCCAGUUUUUACCCUCCCGCCCCAUCUUAUCAUCCGAUCUCAAGGAUCUUCGUCCAAACCUCUGCUGACCGCCCUCCUGCUGCUGACAAUCCUCUCCUUCCUCUUGGCCUUGGCCUCCAUCCAUGUGUUUUUCGCAUCGGAUGCUGGCCCCCUUCCGUCCGCGGUAAACCUACGCGCAAAUUCGCCCUCCUCUCGAUCCGCGCCUACGCUGUGAGAGAUGGUGGCUCCGGCCUCAACAGGAGGUCCCUCCGCGGGCAUUCAGCCUUCAGCGAGUCGCCAGCCUACCCGAUCUUCCAGUACCCAUCCUUCGCAUUCUCACAAUGUUCCCUUGAGCGCUCGACGGUCCGCGCCCCUCGAUUUGUCCACGGUAGAGCGGCGCGGCCAGCCCAAUGCCCCCCGAGAACCAACCAAGCGAGUUCGGCCUCAUGGAUUAGAAGAGGCACCAACCUAUCGUCCGACGGAGGAGGAUUUCAAGGACCCUGAAGCAUACAUCCGCAGAAUCGCGCCGGAGGCCAGUAAAUAUGGAAUCUGCAGAAUCAUUCCCCCGGAAAACUGGCAACCGCCCUUCGCUAUAGACACUGAGCGUUUCCAUUUCAAAACCCGUCGACAGGAGCUCAACUCGGUCGAAGGAGGUAUGCCCCCGCGUUCAGCCACGUCUGCCGCCGGUGGAGCUCCGCAGCCCAGUUCUGACCCGGAGCCAGGGACUCGUGCAAACUUGAACUACCUCGAUCAGCUAGCCAAGUUUCACAAGCAACAUGGUACCAACCUCAAUCGUUUCCCCAGCGUCGACAAGCGCCCCCUGGACCUGUACAAACUGAAAAAGGCAGUCGAGGUGCGUGGCGGGUUCGACUCAGUCUGCAAGAUGAAGAAAUGGGCGGAGAUUGGUCGCGAUCUAGGCUACAGUGGCAAAAUCAUGUCGUCCCUCUCCACAUCGCUGAAAAACUCUUAUCAGAGAUGGUUACAGCCGUAUGAGGAAUAUCUACGUGUGGCUAAGCCGGGGGUCCAGCAACAACUGGAGCUUGAGCAUGGUGGUCCAUACACGCCGUCGCCCCACCCGUCGCCUAUGCCCAAGAAACCAGCUCCAUUAGAAAAUGGCACCCCUUCGGCAACGCCGCAGCCGAUAACAAGCGCACCUGUCAUUGCCUCGAGGGAGGUGGAAGCGACUCCAGAGAAACCCACUCCACCAGUUGAGCCUACACCGCCUCGGCCGAUUGCUUCCGGUUUCACUGCGGUUAACACUUCCGGUGGCUUUACUGCCGUCAACCGGUCUCCGUCUUUUGUGGCGGUGAAUAGCGCGCCGGCAGUGAAGCGCGAGGCUGAUAAUGGCUCACUCACUCCCAAGAGUGUAGCCGAACACCCGGGCAAUGGUCACGGCGCUCCGCCCAUGAAGCGCGCGAUCAGCCACGAGAGUGGUUCUCAAACGGAUAGUGGCGAGCUCGAUGCCAAUGGCCGUCGCAGCAAGCGUCUUCGUAAAGACGCGCCUUUGCCAACUGUCUCUGGGUCCCAUAUGAGUCUUCUCCGCCCUGCUCCGCCCCGUCAACGCAAGACGGACAUUCGGAAAAAUGGAGAUAAAUGUGAAGUCUGCGGUAAAUCCGAAGACCGGCCAUCGAUCCUGCUCUGUGAUAGUUGCGAUCAUGGAUAUCACAAGUCCUGCCUCGAUCCGCCUCUCACCACAACUCCCGAGUACGAUUGGCAUUGUCCCAAGUGUCUCGUCGGCACAGGGGAGUUUGGGUUCGAAGAAGGUGGGGUGUAUUCGCUCAAACAGUUCCAAGAAAAGGCGAAUACAUUUAAGCAAAAGUAUUUCGCGUCCAAAAUGCCAUUCGAUCCUGUCCUCAACACUCACAGACGCGAGUCUGAAGAUGAUGUCGAGCGUGAAUUCUGGCGCUUGGUGGAGAGCUUGACAGAAACCGUUGAAGUCGAGUAUGGUGCCGAUAUCCAUUCGACCACCCAUGGAAGUGGUUUUCCUACAAUUGAACGCAACCCUCUCGAUCCAUAUUCGGUUGACCCCUGGAAUCUCAACGUGUUACCAUUCCAUGGGGACUCGCUGUUCCGCCAUAUCAAGUCCGAUAUCUCCGGAAUGACGGUUCCCUGGGUCUACGUUGGUAUGUGCUUCUCGACCUUCUGUUGGCACAAUGAGGAUCACUACGCGUAUUCGGCCAAUUACCAGCACUUUGGUGCCACCAAAACCUGGUAUGGCAUUCCCGGGGCCGAUGCGGAAGCGUUCGAAGACGCCAUGCGGCAAGCAGUACCUGAACUGUUCGAAGGCCAGCCGGAUCUUCUCUUCCAAUUGGUUACCCUGAUGCCACCCGAUCAGCUCAGGAAAGCUGGUGUCAGAGUCUAUGCUCUCGACCAGCGAGCUGGACAGUUUGUCAUCACCUUCCCUCAGGCCUACCAUGCAGGUUUCAACCAUGGGUUCAAUUUCAAUGAAGCCGUCAAUUUCGCUCCGGCUGACUGGGAGCCUUGGGGCGCCAGGGGUGUUUUGCGCCUGCAGGACUUUCGGCGACACCCGUGCUUCUCGCAUGACGAGCUGCUCCUGACAGCUGCCGCCCGCGAUUCGUCUAUCACCACCGCCAAGUGGCUAGCACCAGCUCUGCAGCGUACUUGCGUAAGGGAAUUGAAUGAUCGGGCCGCCUUCGCUGCACGCCAUCGUGAAGCCGCUCCGCACAAAUGCGCCCUGUACUCCGAGGACCCCGCAACUGGCGACUGCCAAUUGAAGUUUGUUGUCGAGGAGGAAGACCUUCCCGAAGAUGACUAUCAAUGCCAUCACUGCAAGGCAUAUACCUAUCUCGCGCAGUUCCGGUGCCGGAAGACGGGGAAAACCGUGUGUUUGCCACACGCCGAAACAUACGACUGUUGCGGAGAAUCACUAGCGCAACGACUACUUGGCCCGGAUCACGUACUGCGUUACCGCAUGAGCGACGAGACCCUGAAGGCCGUGGUGUCGAAAGUCCAGGAACGCGCCAGGAUCCCAGAGGCAUGGGGGGAGAAACUCGACAAGAUCCUAGAAGACGAGCCCAAACCCCAGUUGAAGGUCCUCCAUAACCUACUAAGCGAAGGUGAGAAAAUCCCAUACCAUCUGCCUGGUCUCCCAGAUCUCGCGGCCUUUGUCCAGCGCUGCGAUAAAUGGGUUGAAGAAGCAACCAAUUAUAUUACCCGCAAGCAGCAGAACCGGAGGAAGAACGAGAAGGCGUGGCGCAAGGGUACUUCCAAGGCUGCGCAGCUGGAAGAACGUGAUCGUGAAGUUCGCAGAGUAGAAAACAUCUACGCCCUUCUUACAGAGGCUGAUAAACUGUCGUUCGACUGUCCACAGAUGGCGGCACUGGAAGAGAAGACCCGCGAGAUCGAGCAAUUCCGCCAGGACGUUAACGUUGCCCUCAUGAACCCCCACAUCCGAUCGGCCCAGGAAGUCGAAGAUCUGGUGGAAUCCUCUCGCAAUUUCAACGUGGAAAUACCCGAGGUUGAAAGACUAGAGCACAUCCUCCGACAACUGAAAUGGAAAGAAGACGUGCGCCGCAAGCGCGACCAAAAUUUGACCCUCAAGGACUGCCAGGAGCUGAUUCUCGCCGGCGACCAGUUGAACUUACCAGACACCAACGACCACCUGAUCUACCUCAAGGAACUCGCUCGCCUUGGUGAGGCCUGGGAAGCGAAGGCUAAAGAACUAAUGGCCGUGGAAUCCGUUCACUACCAGCAAUUAGAGGCUCUCUCUGCGCAGGCGUCUCGCUUCCCUGUCUCCCCCGAGACCCUUGCCGCUGUAGAUGCCAUAUUAACCAAACAACGUGAGGCGCAGAAGAGGAUCCAGACACUCUAUGAGAAAAGCAAGGACCCGGAUUACCGGAAUCGUCCCAAAUACAAGGAUGUCCGAGAACUAAUGGAGUCCUUGGAGGGAUUGAACAGUCGGCCGACCGGCGCAAUUGACCUAGAGCGGGAACAAAAGCGCCAUGAAGACUGGAUGCGCAAAGGAAAGAAGCUUUUUGGCAAAGCCAAUGCUCCCCUGCAUAUUCUGAAAUCUCACAUGGAGUAUGUGGAGAAGCGGAAUUCCUAUUGCUUUGAUCUGGAAGAUCGUUGCCGGCCUCCUGUUGAGCCUGCGUCGCGAGACAACAGCCCAGAUGGUCUGCUGGAGAGCAAUCCCGCUCCUAGCAUGUGGGGCGGGGGGAAAUCACGCAAGCGAGAUGUGUUCUGCAUCUGCCGACACUCGGAGGCAGGCAUGAUGAUUGAGUGCGAGGUCUGUCAUGAGUGGUAUCAUGGAAAGUGCUUGAAGAUUGCCCGCGGAAAAGUCAAGGAAUUCGACAAGUACACUUGCCCGAUUUGCGACUGGCGACAGAAGAUCCCUAGGGAUGCUGCUCGUCCGAAGCUAGAGGAUCUCCUCGAGUGGCAAGCCGAGAUCCCUGGUCUGCCGUUCCAACCCGACGAGGAAGAGAUCCUGGACAGUAUCGUCAAUCAAGCAACCACGUUCCGCGACUUCCUCCAGAGCUUUACGAAUGCUGCCUGCACGACUACCGAGGAAGUGCCCACGCUGAUCUUCUACUUGCGCAAAAUCGAGGGCGCGGAAGUUUUGUUGGCGUACGAAACGAACUUCUUCCGUCAGGAGAUCCACAAAUGGGCGCCUGUUGCACCGGAGGCCCCGCCUAUCCUGGAACAGUCACUUUCCACCCGCAAACCUCGGCCGACCAAGCAGCAGAAGAUCAUGGCACAACUUGGCGUGGAGCGACCCGAGGAUCUUCCCCCGCAUCUACGCUCCAAGCAGCCCAACCCAGUCAAACGUAAGUCCAUUGAUAUCACUACGGGUCGGCCUACCCUGCUUCAGGCAUCUCCUGGCGGCGGUGACGGUUCCAAUUCGGAGUCAGGGCCUACCUUGACCAUGGGCGAUCCGCAGAACCCGCCGUAUCCUUUCUCUGCCAGCUACACUCUCUCUGCGUCUGACUCGACGCCGGCUUUUGCGCCGGGAUCCUCGGCUUUCUUGCCCCAUGUCUCCUCGGCAGACUCGCCGUCGUUCCCUCCUCGAUCGCCUCCUCUCCAUCACUCGGGUCUGGAUACGUCUCUGUUCAGCUCCCCGCGGUAUACUCGGGAUCAUCACGACGGCCCUCCUGGGGUUGUUGACUCUCAGGAUCCCUUCGACAGUAGUCCUCGGCAAAACUUGGACGAUGUGUUUGCCGAUCUCACUAACCAGGACACCGAAGGAGAUCAGGAGGCGGAGCCCGAGCCGGAGCCCAUGGAGAACACACAUGCCAACGAGGCACUGGAGGUUCUUGAUGUGAGCAACGGCGAGAGUCAUUCCGAGCUUCCGGAUGACGAGUCUAGUGAUGAUAAAGUCAAUGGCCACGUGGAUGUGGACGACAUCGAAUAAGCGCGCUUUUCCCCCCUCUUCUUCCUCUCUUCUCUCUUCCUUGUUAGAUCCCUUGACCUUGCAUUCAGGCAUUCGGCGGCGUUCCGAAGUUUUCAUCUGGUGGUUUUCUGUGUGUGGUUCAUGAAUGAGUAACGGUGUUGACGUUUCUGGGGUUUGAUUUCGAGUACUACGGUGCUUUAAUACUUUUUGUUAUGGACUCGGUGUAUUAAAAGGACCAGGCGAGCAGGGUCUCAUCCAUGUGUUGUUUGUUUCGUGUUUGUUAUUCAUGGCCUGAG